AUGUCGAAUGGAUUAAAUGAUUUAAUACCGGAAAAUAUUGCUGAAGGUAUAAUGUCAAUAAUACAAUGGAUUGGUAAUGAAUCAAGAAUUAAUAAUGAAAAACCAAUUAUAAGUAUUUCAAUGUCUAUAAAUAAGAUGAAUGGAAAAAUACAUAUUUAUUGUUUAAAAUCCUAUGAUCAAUUCACCUACAUUGUUGGUGAUUAUAAUCAGGAAAUCAGUGUGAAUGAAAUGCAAACAUUUUAUAUAACCAAUAAUAAAAUGAAACAUAUUAUGGGUAUUAUAGUAAUAUCAACAUUAGUAUUAGGACCAUUAUUAAUAUUAUUAGCAAUUUUAUAUUGUAAAAAAGAUUCAUCAACAACAGCAAAAACAAAAUCUAAAUUACAAAAUUAUUAUCUAAGAAUAACAUCGAAAACAUCAUUACCAAUAACAUCAGAAUCGAUUAGUGUGAAAGAAACAACAACGAAAAAAAGAUCAAAAUCACCAAAGAAGAAUAGGUCAAAAUCGCCAAAGAAGAGAUCGAAAUCACCGAAAAAAAGAUCAAAAUCACCAAAGGAGAGAUCGAAAUCACCAAAGGAGAGAUCGAAAUCACCAAAGAAGAGAUCAAAAUCGCCCAAAAAUGAAUCAGAAUCCCCCACAGAAUCGUAA